AUGAUGACUUCCGAUAUUCUCAAGCCUCUGGCCGCUUUUUGCAGAGAUCCGAGGUCCCAAGAAUACAUCUCUACUGUUAAAAACAUAUCAGCUUCAGGGAACUCAUUCGGGACAACUCUUUCGACUUCAUCCAGUGAUGGUUUGAUCGUGAUCGAAACGACGUUCGAUAUGGCUUUGCAAAUCAUACAUGGCCCGGACGAACCGACCUCGGUGGCGAUGAGUACUUAUCGGUCUCCGGUACCUGACACAUCGUCCAAAUUGCCUAAGGAGCUCCUACGAUGCUAUGAAAUUGGUCCCGAGUACGGCACCGAUUUUAUCUCGGAAAAGCCAACCUAUGCCUCGCACGUCGGCGCUGACCUUGACUCGAUCACGGUCCUUUCGUCUUAUCCAUCUUGCGUACGGGAAAAUUACCUCAAGUGGGUGAAAACCUGGGAGAAGAAAUGGCAGCUGAGACGCGGCAAUACCAGGGAAUUCCGUAGUAGUGUCUUUUUCUCCGCAGAAGAGGAGGUUUCUUGGAACGUUGCUGGUUAUUUACUGGCAUGGCGUAUUGCUAUGGCUCCGGAUGUUGGACUGGUGGAAUACUCAACAAGCCGGUCUCAGUACAUCUUGCAAACUGGGAAGGAGACAAGUAUUACCAUGCAAUUUUUGAAAGAGCAGUUAUAUCUUUUGGAAAAGGGGGAUUCAUCAUAG